ACACAGCUGUAUAAUUUAUUACAGUUCAUUUUCAUCUGUACAAACGUAAAGUUCUUCACGUGACAGUAUCAUACGAAUCAAUUGUGCAACAACGAUGACUUCCGAAAAUCGACAUUUGGUCUUUGUGUAUGGAACUCUUAAAAAUGGCGAGCCUAAUUUCCAGUGGUUAUGUAACCCUCACCAUGGUUCCGCCAAAUUUCUUGGUAAAGUCAAGACUAAAAAACGAUGGCCAUUAGUUAUCGCUUCACGAUACAACGUUCCAUACUUACUGUACUGUGAAGAGAAAGGAAAAAAUGUUAUAGGAGAAGUUUAUGAAGUGAAUGACAGAAUGCUAGAAAAACUUGAUGAAUUAGAAAAUCAUCCAACUUACUAUGAAAGGAAACAGGAAGAUGUAUGUAUUAUCCAGAGUACUAGUUUUGAAGGCACUGCAACAGCUGGAGAUUGUCUGAGAGUAUGGAUGUAUUUCUUAAAGAAUUACAAACCAGAGUUAUUAAAUCUACCUUAUCAUGAAGAUUAUUCAUCAAAAGGACCACAUGGACUAGAAUAUAUGGAAAGGUACAGAAGAACUGAAGGAAACAUGCAUUACUCAGAUGUACAACUAUAUUUUUAGGUGUUUUUUUUUCAUGUUUCACAGAUGAGGAAAUUAUAGGCACAGUACUGGAUGUAACUUUUCAUGAGCAAGGAUUGUGCAUUCGUAAUACCUUAGGUUGUUUAGUAAUCAGUUUAAAAAGUGUCAUUUACCUAUGGAUAGACAGUAAAAAGAACAAUAAGCCUGUUGUAUUUUGACUAUAGUACUUUAAGUAUUUAGUGAGAGAGUUAGUGUUUUGUAAAAGUUUAAUCUGAGAAAUUUAUAAGGGGCAAAAUAACAAUUUGUAGUUUGUUUGUCGUAAUGCCUAAAUUAUUAGAAUAUGGAUUACAUUUUUAGGAUGUUAUAAACCUUAUGUGUGUAUUCAUGACGUUAAAAUCUAUUGUUAAUAUGAUAUUUACAUGUAAGACUACUGAACAGUCUGACUGAUGGUUUUAUCGGUGAAAUCAACAGAGAUUAAGUACUGAAGGUCUUUAAUUAAUUUUUGCCAUAUUAUUUACAAAU